AUGGCUCAGACAUUAGCACUUCAGUUUCUUACUUUACUCCUUUUCUUCUUCAUGAUUGGUCAAGGCUUUUGUACCAGAGACUUGAAGGUAGUGUUGGGGGAUCAGAACGAAGAACCAUAUAUUACACAGUAUGAAAAUACUAAACCAAAUUUUGUAGCUUCAUAUGCCAGCACAAAACACAACAACCAUAUUAUACGUCUUGAAAAUCUAAAUGAACUCGAUAAUCAUGAAGCCGAACAACCAGAUUACAUUACCGGGUAUAGGACUCGUGCCCCUGAUUCCAAUAAACCCUACAUAACUUCCUAUAUUAACCAUGAAACCAAACAACCAGAUUACAUUACCGGGUAUAGGACUCGUGCCCCUGAUUCCAAUAAACCCUACAUAACUUCCUAUGGUAACCAUGAAGCCGAACAACCAGAUUACAUUACCGGGUAUAGAACUCGUGCCCCUGAUUCCAAUAAACCCUACAUAACUUCCUAUAGUAACCAUGAAACCAAACAACCAGAUUACAUUACCGGGUAUAGGACUCGUGCCCCUGAUUCCAAUAAACCCUACAUAACUUCCUAUAUUAACCAUGAAACCAAACAACCAGAUUACAUUACCGGGUAUAGGACUCGUGCCCCUGAUUCCAAUAAACCCUACAUAACUUCCUAUGGUAACCAUGAAGCCGAACAACCAGAUUACAUUACCGGGUAUAGAAAUCGUGCCCCUGAUUCCAAUAAACCCUACAUAACUUCCUAUGGUAACCAUGAAACCAAACAACCAGAUUACAUUACCGGAUAUAGGACUCGUGCCCCUGAUUCUAAUAAACCCUACAUAACUUCUUAUUGGUUAUUCCACUGA